AUGGCCUCGCCUCAUAGGCGUGUACGCUUCCAGGAAGAGCCUGAGACGGCUCCCACUCCGGACUCUCAGGCCGACUACCCAUCUCGAUAUGGAGACGACGACGACGACGACGACGACUACGACGACAUGCCCCCCUUAGAACCGGAAAGGGAAGAUGUCGUCGUCGCCAAGCGACCCACGACGGCGGACGGCGGAGACGUCGUCCUCAUCCGCGGUCUGCCCGACGUCUUCACCAUCGGCUACGACUGCGUGUCCCUCACGGCCAGGAACUUCGUCGGCCUGCGCGGCGUCCCCGCUGGCACGCACUUCAUCUGGGUAGCGCACCCGGACGGCGUGUCUACGCGGUGCGGCGCCUGGUUCGUCAGCACGGCGGGCGAGCAGCAGCAGCCGCGCGUCCACGUCCUGCAGUGGGACGAGUCCGACGAGGUGCUUCUCGUCGUCGCCGGCGCACCAUCCUCGCCGCGCCACCUCACGGACAGCGUGUACGCCCAGCUGGUGCCGUACCACGACCCAGGAGCCGGCGCACAGCAGGUCCUCCCGGCCGGGAACGCCAAGGCCUGGUCCCAGCUGGUCGGCCACGUCACCCCCGACGCCCUGGACCGCAUCGUCGGACGUCAGCACCAGCCAGGGGAGCAGGAGGAGCAGCAGGAGCAGCAGGAGCAGCAGCAGAGCCAUGUCGGGAAUGAUAAUCGCCUGUGGCUGGUGCACACGACCGACCGCGUCAGCGGUGCCGUCCGACUGGCCUCGGAGGUAGAGCUGGACAGGCGGAUGCUGUCGGGGGACAGCUCGACCAUGCAGGACCGAGAGCUCGUAUUCACCUUCUCGCAGCUGUCGAGGACGUACACGACCGGCAACUCGGGCGCCGACCGCACCCUCGACGCCACCGACGCGACAUCCUACAUGCUGUCCCUGCUCGACAACGGCUCCCGGGAUGGCUCCCGGGACGAGAGCCGGGACGGCGCCGACGGGGACGGGGACGGGGAUGCGGCCGCCGUGGCCGAGCUGCAGUUCGCCUACACCGUCGGCACACUCCUCGGCAACGACGCCUGCAUCCAGCAGUGGUGGCACAUGCUCCUACGCCUGGUGCUGCGCGCCUACCUGCUGCCGACGCUGCGGCCAUCGCUGGCGGCGUCCCUGCUGCGGACCGUGGCCGCCCAGCUGUCCCACAGCGCCGAGUACCUAGACGCCUCCAUCCUCGACUACGGCGACGCGCAGUCGCGGGACCUGCGCCUCGCCCUCACCGUGUACAAGCGCCGCGUCGACGACCUGGACCCCGCGCUAGCUGACGUGGCGAGGCCGGCCGCGCUCGCGCUGGCCCACGUCGAGUCCGUCGUCGCCCGGCCGCCGCUGGGGUGGGAUCUGCGCGGGGACUCGUACGCCCGCAGGGGCAUGGCCACCACCGAGGAGGGGGAGCGGGUCGAGGUCGAGAUGGCCGAGCUGGCCGCCGAGGACGAGAGGGGGGAAUGGGCGCCCGAGAUUGUAGAGCUGGAUGACACAGGGAGGGAGAAGGGCCUGGUGUCGUGGUCCGACUAG